UUGGACUUGGUGUAUUUGCUGGUACAACUAUUGGAAUCGAUGAAACGGUACGAUCACUUUCUGCAUCCGCUAUUCGACAAGUACUUGAAGAAGAUGGGCCAAUGUAUCAAAACAUACUUGCUGUUGUGUUUGCUCUACCUAUUUUUGGUGUAAGAUAUCGAAACGGUAAAAGACAAGAUACCUAUCAAGCAUUUGUUGAUGAAUUCACUCAAAGCAAUUAUAAAGGUCCUAUUCCUGUAUUGAUUGCUGAUCAAGACAUGCAUCGAUUAACUGUCGCUAUUGCUCGAAAGGGUUUCAAUGUUUCAGAGUUGAAUCCAGCUGAUUCACAUGGUGUAUUUGGUGAAUAUUGGCAAAAUCGAGGACCAGCUGUUGAAGAAAAACUAGCUUUAACUACAGUGGGUCUACUUGUACAACAUCAUCUCAUUAAUCCAGAUGUGCUUGAUCCAAACCAUUACCAUCUUAUUUAA